CCAGAAUUGUAGAGGGGGAGGAGAAGGAGGAAAGAGGGACUAGACGGUGAGGGUGGCGAAGUAUCAGCACACUCACGUACGCUCAGCGGCUACUGUCGGGUCGCCUUGGCCGAUGCAGGCGGCGUAAUGGGCCACGGCAGUCUCAAAGGAAGGUCAGCCCGCCCCUCGCUUUACGACCUUCCCGAGGCCACUUCGGCGACUUCAUCUCUUGAGGGAUCAUGUUGUAUUGAGCGGAGCACUGGACGUAUCCUCUCUUCACCAGAUGGGGUGAUGUGGGAGGUGUCGCACCAAGCUCGUCUCCUCUGCGCCUUGACACAGUGCUAUGCGGGGCCGAAGUCAGGCCAAUUCUUGCGCAUUGGUCGCCAGAUCACGUCACGCCAGAGGCAGUUGCAGCACAGGAAGGUCCAUAGCAGUGUAAUGCACUAUUUGCGAUCUGACCGUGUCUACCAGCUGGUUCGUAGGUAUAGUCGACCAUCGAUGGUGCUCCUCCGGGCCAAUCAAAAUCGCGCCUCUUUGCACCCACGCGUUUCAGACUCCGCCAGACACGAUCGGGUGUGGAGCGCCCCGCUGGGGAAGAAUACCACUUGAUCCCUUGUUGGUCAUCUGUAUCGUGAAUGGUCUCAUCAACAUCGGUGGUCAUCAUGAGCAGUACACAAGAGAUCGUCGAAGAUCAUUCUCAAAGAAAACAGCUGCCCUCGCCAUCUGAGCGUGCUAAGUAAUCGUCUUCGGCAUGGCCCAAGUCACCGUAGGCGCAUGGGCAGACAGCCUGGUCGAUGUGUCAUCUCAGG